AUGCGCCCCUCCGCCCUCCGGCGCAUCACACCCUCCACACGAGCAUACACAACACCAUCACCAACGUCGGCAUCCGCCGCCGCAGCUCACCUCCUCGAAACCUUCCACAACAAAACCCUUAUCCAGCACCAGGUCCUCGACGCAAACCAGCUCCAAAAGCUCUCCCUAACACUCAACCGCCCGACAAUCCACGCCCAAAACAUCCUCACCUCCCCGCCAGCGCCGGGCACGCCCAUCCCGCCCGGCCACCACCUAGUCUACUUCACGCCGGGCGGUCUGGAAAGCGCCCUCGGCCCCGACGGCACAGACAGGACGUUCAACGCCCCGUCCCCCUUCACGCGGCGCAUGUGGGCGGGCGGGUGCAUGUCGUGGACCGCCUCACCGCUCAGAGUAGGCGACCUCGUCUCCGAGCACACGCGGCUCCUCGGCGCCGCCGCCAAGAGGAGCAAGUCCGGCGGCGAAAUGGUCCUCGUCGAGGUGGAAAAGGAGCUCCGGGGCCCGCGUGGCGCCGGCGUCGUCGACAGACGCUCGUGGAUCUUCAGAACCGAGAUGAGUUCACCAACAUUACCACACUCUCCCGCGCAGGUAUCCCGCCCUACCACGAUAACCGACAUCCCAGGCCAUAGAGGCUUUCCCACGCGGCAGCUCACCUGGUCGGCCGUUGGGCUGUUUCGCUUUUCGGCACUCACCUUCAACGGGCACAAGAUCCACUACGACGCGGAAUGGAGUCGCGGCGUCGAGGGACACGCCGGCGUCGUGGUCCACGGGCCGCUGAAUCUGAUCAAUAUCCUCGAUUACUGGGGCGAUGUUCACGGCGCGGGCGCGUCGCCGGCGAGCGUUGCGUACCGGGCCAUGUCUCCCCUCUACGCGGGGGACACAUAUACCAUUCAGACGGGGGAUGUGAGAGAUGACGUGUACGAUGUGGUUGCCGACAAGGACGGGACGGUGUGUAUGAAGGCCCAGAUUGUGGCAACAUCACAUGGUCGAUAG